ACAAACGAGAAAUUUUUGUUUUAGAAAUCUUAUUUAAUUAUUUGAAAAGUUUCACUUGGGCGACACAUUAUCUAAUAGCUUGUGGAAAUAUUAUUGAAAAAGAAUUUCGUCCGUGAAGGCCGCGUGUAAACAAAAGACAUUUUCUCAUUUAAAAUCUGUCAUUGCGGAGAAAAAAUAAAUAUUUUCGUGGUCGGAAAUGCAAUUCAAUCAUUGAGUGAUUUUGCUGGCCCGGGUAAUUGUAUCAAAAAAGAAAAACUUGUUGGCUGAGAAAUCAUCAUCUGACGUGGUGCAAAAGAAUUUGACUGAAGAACUCGAGUGUUGUGAAAAGAAAAAUUUUCACUCAGACGACAAAAGAAAAUGACUUCGAUAGUAUUAAAAAGUCUGUCAAUUCUUCUUGGCUGCUUUUUCAUCUUUAUGGGUUUCAUGAAAAUCAGCCCAUACGUAAGCAAAGAAUUGCACAGAGAUUUGCGUAAACAUUACGUAAAGUAUGCUAAAGUGUUUCCUAUGGCAAGUCUGUUUGACCUUCGUGUUCCUUCUAAAUGGUAUCGACGAGCGAUUGGUGGAAUUGAAAUCAUUUGUGGUGGAUUACUUGCUGGAUUUCCAAAUCAUAAAGUUAAAAACACUGCAAAUAUCACACUUCUUAUGUUGAUGUUCUUAUCAAUUUAUUCACAAUGUGUCGUGAGUGAUCCCUUCGAGAGAAUCGGGCCAACAAUGGUGUUUAGUUUUAUGCUUAUAGGACGUUUAGUAAUUUUCUAUCAGAUAAUCAGUCGUAAAAAGAUUUUCAGAAUGAGAAGUUGGAUUUCGAUUUUCUUUUUAAUUUUCUUGUUAUCUGAGUGUGUGUUUGGUUGGAGAAUAUUUUGGAAAGGAAGGAAGUUUGAUGGAAAUGUCGGACAUCCAACAGAUCGUCAUGGAUCUCUUAGAAGUGAAGCUGGAGAAGAUUUAUGGUUCAACCAGAAACUCGAUCACUUUCAACCAAUAAAUGACAAAACAUGGAAACAACGUUACUUCGUCAACGAAGAGUUUUUCACAUCAAACGGCCCCGUCUUUAUAAUGAUUGGUGGUGAAGGCGAAGCAACAGCGAAAUGGAUGCAUGAAGGUGCUUGGAUUCGCUACGCAAAACAAUUUGGUGCACUUUGCUUUCAACUUGAACAUCGCUUUUAUGGAAAAUCUCAUCCAACUGAAAAUACGUCAACAGAGAAUCUCAAAUUUCUUUCAUCGGAACAAGCUUUAGCUGAUCUUGCUUAUUUCAUAACAAGCAUGACAAAAACUUAUAAUUUGACAAACAACAAUCGUUGGAUAGCAUUUGGUGGAUCUUAUCCUGGAUCUCUUGCAGCCUGGCUACGUGAGAAGUAUCCGCAUCUUGUUCACGGGUCAAUUUCCACUUCCGGGCCACUUCUUGCUAAAAUGGACUUCAUCGAAUAUUAUCAAGUCGUCGUCGACUCUCUCGGAACUUAUAAGAAAAACGAUUGCGUGACACCAGUUCGUAAAGCGAUUCAAGAAAUUGACGUGUUGCUAAAGCACAUGAUUGGACAAAGAACUUUGACGGAGAAAUAUCAACUUUGUGAUCCCAUCGAGAAAUCAAUUUCCAAUCCUUUGGACAUUUCAAAUCUCUAUGAAAAUCUUGCGAGUGAUUUUGCUGGUGUUGUGCAAUAUAAUAAAGAUAAUCGAGCCAGCAGUCACAUCACAAUUGACGAUGUUUGUGACAUAAUGUGUAAUCAAACGAUUGGACCUUCAGUGACUCGUCUUGCAGCAGUCAACAGUUUAAUAUUAAAAGAUGGCAAGCAAAAGUGUUUAGACUACAAAUACGAUAAAAUGGUCAACGAUAUGAAGAACACUUCUUGGGAUGCUGAAGUCGCUAAUGGAAUGCGUCAAUGGACAUAUCAAACUUGCACUGAAUUUGGAUUUUAUCAAACAUCUGACAAAAGUGAUUCAGUGUUUGGUGAUAAAUUUCCAGCUGACUUUUUUGUACGACAAUGUACUGACAUUUAUGGAGAUCGAUUCACUGAAGAAAUUCUUGAAGACGGAGUUGAUCGAACCAACAUCAUUUAUGGCGCUUUAAAACCUACAACAACAAAUGUUUUGUUUGUUCAUGGCAGCAUUGAUCCUUGGCACGCUUUGGGAUUGAUAAAAACCGACGCAAACCAGCCACAACCAACAAUUUACAUUGAAGGAACUGCACAUUGUGCUAACAUGUACGAGCCAAGUGACAAAGACCUUCCACAAUUAAAGAAAGCUCGCGAAGCUAUUGUGAAGUUCAUUGAAGCUUUGUUGAACUAAAGAAUUGAGUGAAAUUUAAUUUGUUUAAUUUUACUGUAUUUUAUGUCAUAAAAUUAUAAAAAUAAAAUUCAUUAGAUAAACAUUCUCAUCCAU